GCAAAUACCAAUAGUGUUGGCCUCGUGUCAAACCACUACUUAACAAUUUACGUCGGGAGAUGAAUCAAAUAAAAGAGCAACAGUAUCGCCUUCUUAUUAGCUCACUGGAAUUCUUGAAUCGGGAAGUUUUGAAGGAGACAAGAUGACUACGAAAACCUUUUCUCUCGUCUGCUUAGCAACCUUGACUGUAUUUGUAUUCGUCCACACCGUACAAGGGAAAUGCUCCGUUUUUAACUGUCUUAUUGGAAUGAUGAGUUGUUCCCGGAAAGCCGACGCCGACGGGAAGGAUUUUAUAACGGAGCAAUGCUGUGAUAUUUAUUUUCAAUGCGUUGAAGAAUGUAACCUCGAGACUGUUUCGCUGUUGUCAAGGUGCGGAAACGAGAGGAGGGGAUACGGAUAUGAUGACGAUAACGAGACUGACAAAAGAGGAAGUUGGAAUAAACGAGGAAGUUGGAACAAGAGAGGCAGUUGGGAUGCUUAUUUUGACAAACGUGGAAGCUGGAACAAACGCGGAAGCUGGAACAAACGUGGAAGUUGGAAUAAAAGAAGUUGGGAAGCUUUAACACCCGUUGAGGAACAGUUAUUGUAGAUUAUAACUUAUCUUGUACCAAAACGUUUUGAAGUUUGUUUAAAAAAGAUGGUUCAAUACAUUAAACGUCAUAGAUGAAAUAAUUCAACAAUUUUGAUAAUUUCGACUUUUCGACAUUGUUUUACCUUUACAUUAUUCAGCGGGUUUUUUUCUUUUACGACAUUAUUCAGCGGUGUUUUUGUUUUUUUUUACAACAUUAUUCAGCGGUUAUUAUCUUUUACUGUCACGACAUUAUUCAGCGUUGUUUAACUUUUACGACAUUAUUUAGCAUUUUCUUUUUACUUUUACGACAUUAUUUAGCGGUUAUUGUUUUUACUUUUAAGACAUUAUUCACCGUUGUUUAACUUUUACGACAUUAUUUAGCAUUUUCUUUUUACUUUUACGACAUUAUUUAGCGGUUAUUGUUUUUACUUUUAAGACAUUAUUCAGCGUUGUUUUACUUUUACGACAUUAUUUAAUAUUGUUAUACUUUUACGACAUAAUCUAGCUAUGUUUCAUAUUGUCAAGCAUAAUUUUAGUUUUGCUCAUUUAAUAAAAUAAGUCAAAGAUCGAAUAAGUAUAUACCUCAUAUUUUGUUUAAGCUUACAAAAACUUCUACAGUAGUAAUAAUGGUGAAAUAAUUGAUUUUUACGACACUUAAUUUUUUCUGAAUAAACUUGAUUAUAAAAUUACCUUAAAAAACAUAACAACAGGAUAAAACAACGUUUUUUUUUUCCGAAGUACGAAAACAUCGUAUUUUUUAUUGGAAAUCGGAAUAUUAUGGACUUUUAUUUAGAAUUUAUUUAGUCACUUUCUGUUAUUUUCAAAUUUAUUCUCCUAUCAUUUGAUUAUUCAAUGACCUUAUCUUUUCAAAAAUCGAACAAUAUGUUUAUCAACAAUGUUAGAGAUACGCAAAAUUAUACAAACAUUCCGAACAACCCUCGUCUAUUUAUAGUACAUGUACUUAUAUAAUUCAAGGAAAGAAUA